GCCGCUAGGUGGCGCAUGCGCCCUGGAGGGUGCGGGCCGGUCUCCGGGAAGAAGGCAGCGGCGGCGGCGGCGACGGCGGUGGCGACGGCGGCGGCUGUGGGGAAAGGCGGGGGCGCCGUGGGGGCCGUGCCCGUGUUUACACAGCGGCGGGCGGGCGCGGACGCGGAACCUGGCGCGGCGGCGGCAGGAUGGUCAUGGCGCAUUUCGUCGAAAAUUUUUGGAGCUACAAUAGAAGAAGCAUACUCCAGGUCAAUGACGAAACUAGCAAAAUCUGCAAGCAAUUAUUCACAACUUGGAACAUUUGCACCAGUGUGGGAUGUGUUCAAAACAUCUACAGAGAAAUUAGCAAACUGUCACUUGGAUCUUGUUAGAAAAUUACAAGAACUAAUAAAGGAAGUUCAGAAGUAUGGAGAAGAACAAGUAAAAUCUCAUAAAAAGACUAAAGAAGAAGUUGCAGGAACUCUGGAAGCUGUUCAAACCAUUCAAAGCAUAACUCAGGCCCUCCAGAAAUCCAAGGAAAAUUAUAAUGCCAAGUGUGUAGAACAAGAACGUUUGAGAAAGGAAGGAGCUACACAAAGAGAAAUAGAAAAGGCAGCUGUUAAAUCUAAGAAAGCUACAGAUACCUAUAAACUUUAUGUGGAGAAGUAUGCAUUAGCAAAAGCUGAUUUUGAACAGAAAAUGACAGAAACAGCUCAGAAGUUUCAAGAUAUUGAAGAAACACAUCUCAUUCACAUAAAGGAAAUUAUAGAAUCCUUGUCAAAUGCUAUAAAGGAAAUUCAUUUGCAAAUAGGCCAGGUCCAUGAAGAAUUUAUAAAUAACAUGGCUAACACUACAGUUGAAAGCUUGAUUCAAAAGUUUGCUGAGUCAAAAGGCACUGGGAAGGAAAGACCUGGCCUUAUUGAAUUUGAAGAAUGUGACCCUGCUAGUGCAGUUGAAGGUGUAAAACCAAGGAAAAGAAAGACUUUUGGUUUACCAGGGAUAAUUAAAAAGGAAAAGGAUGCAGAGUCUGUGGAAUGCCCUGAUGCAGAUUCACUUAACAUUCCUGAUGUAGAUGAAGAAGGCUAUAGUAUAAAACCAGAAGCAAAUCAGAAUGAUACCAAAGAGAACCAUUUCUACUCAUCUAGUGAUUCUGAUUCUGAAGAUGAAGAACCAAAGAAGUAUCGGAUACAGAUCAAACCCAUGCAUCCAAAUAACUCGCAUCACACAAUGGCUUCCUUGGAUGAAUUAAAAGUGUCCAUAGGAAAUAUCACUCUCUCCCCAGCAAUAUCUAGACAUAGCCCAGUGCAGAUGAAUCGGAAUUCUUCUAGUGAAGAGUUAACAAAAUCAAAGCCAUGUGCUGCUUCCAAUGAGAAAGGGACCAGCGAUUUACUUGCUUGGGAUCCCCUGUUUGGACCAUCUCUUGAUUCAUCUUCUUCAGCUUCAUUAACUUCAUCAUCAUCAUCAGCCCGGCCCACAACUCCUCUUUCUGUAGGCACCAUUGUCCCACCUCCAAGGCCUGCUUCCAGACCAAAGCUUACUUCAGGCAAACUCAGUGGGAUUAAUGAAAUAGUAUGUACUCAGCCCAGGCCAUUCAGCCCACCUAUAACUUCCAAUACCAGCCCACCUCCUGCAGCUCCUUUAGCCCGGGCAGAGAGUUCUUCCUCUAUCUCAUCUUCAGCUUCAUUAAGUGCUGCCAACACUCCAACAGUAGGUGUGUCACGAGGUCCCAGCCCUGUCAGCCUUGGAAAUCAAGACACCUUACCUGUGGCAGUUGCCCUUACAGAAUCUGUUAAUGCCUAUUUUAAAGGAGCAGAUCCCACCAAGUGUAUUGUGAAGAUCACUGGUGACAUGACGGUAUCAUUCCCAAGUGGAAUUAUUAAAGUCUUCACUAGCAAUCCAUCUCCAGCUGUGCUGUGCUUCAGGGUGAAAAAUAUCAGCAGGCUAGAGCAAAUUCUUCCAAAUGCACAACUUGUGUUCAGUGAUCCAUCACAGUGUGAUUCUAACACAAAAGAUUUUUGGAUGAACAUGCAGGCUGUUACUGUCUACCUCAAGAAGCUAUCAGAGCAAAAUCCAGCUGCUUCUUACUAUAAUGUAGACGUAUUAAAGUAUCAGGUAUCAUCAAACGGUAUUCAGUCUACUCCUCUAAAUCUUGCAACAUACUGGAAAUGCAGUGCUGGCACCACAGAUCUUAGAGUGGAUUAUAAGUACAACCCAGAAGCUAUGGUGGCACCAAGUGUGCUUUCCAACAUACAGGUGGUGGUACCUGUGGAUGGAGGAGUCACAAACAUGCAGUCCCUUCCCCCUGCGAUAUGGAAUGCAGAACAAAUGAAAGCCUUUUGGAAACUGUCUGGUAUUUCAGAGAAAUCAGAAAAUGGAGGUUCUGGGUCCCUCAGAGCAAAAUUUGAUCUUUCAGAAGGACCUAGUAAACCCACCACACUUGCAGUGCAAUUCCUCAGCGAGGGAAAUACCCUCUCAGGAGUAGAUAUUGAGCUUGUAGGCACUGGCUAUAGGCUUUCCUUAGUAAAGAAGCGGUUUGCCACUGGACGAUACCUGGCAGAUUGUUGAUGGACCUGGGACACUGGUUGGCUCGAAAGAAGUACAGGCUUGCCAUCCUGUGUUGUCUAUUCUUUCCAACACUAUGUUAGCUUGAAUUAGGUCUUUGACCAUACACAUAUUUGAGAACUGAUUACAAACAUUAAGUUGCACUUUUGAAGUGGGUCAUCAAAAGCAAUAGCACUGAAAUGAUUUUCAGCACUGAAAUGAUUUUCAACACUCUUAAUGAUCAACUGCCAUUUUCCAGAAGCACAUUUGUUGAGAUUCUCAGUAAAAUGAAGUUUUCCUAGGCUGAAAUUUUACAUUAUCUUCAGUGUCUAUGUUCAGUGGUAGUGUAUUAUCAGGCCUAAAAUUUCAGGAGAGCAAGCACAAAAUAAUUCAGCUUUCCAUAAAUUUUUAGAGUCAAAGAUAGUUUUGAAAUUUCCUGAGUUUGAUAUUGAAUGGAGAAACACAGAAUGUGACUUGUAAGUUUUGGAUAAUGUUAAUUUAGAAUGCUGAAAUUGAGUUAUGUGCCAUAAAGUAAUCAGACCAGAGUCUAAGGCGUAUGCAAAAAAUGUAUAAUUUGAUUCUCAUAUAAACAUUAAUAAAGUGUAAAUGGUG